AUGGUGCUGUAUGGUCUUUUCGCUUCCGUCGUCAAGAAUAACUUGCAGACCUAUGGUGUCCAAGUCAACUUUGGAGCAAAGAUGUUUAUCACAACGUGGUUGGCCUUGCUGUUCUCUAUUGCC